CCAAAUCAUAGCAUACGAUUAACGGUUGGUGUACCAGUUAUGCUUCUAUGAAAUAUUGAUCAAACAUCUGGAUUAUGUAAUGGCACGAGGUUAGUCGUUGAACAUUUAGGCAAUCGUGUUAUUGAAGCUACUGUUAUUUAUGGAAGUAAUGUCGGAGAAAAAGUAUUUAUAGCAAGAAUGACACUCACUCCGUCUGACUCGACGAAAUUUCCUAUCAGAUCAAGACUCCAAUUUCCUUUAAUGGUUUGUUUUGCUAUGACUAUAAAUAAAACUCAAGGAGAAUCUUUGUCUCAUGUAGGCCUGUAUCUCCUUAGACAUGUUUUCAGCCAUGGUCAAUUUUAUGUUGAUGUUUCCAGAGUUACGAGCAAAAAAGAUCUCAAGAUCCUUCCGUUUGAUAAAGAACGUGUGCGUACAAGUACAACAAGUGUAGUUUACAAGGAAGUGUUUGCAAACAUAUAG